AAUAGCUCAUCCUCUGCAGAGUUAGCUUGACAGAAGUGCAGAAACCUUAUGCUUUUCAGCUUUACAAGUCAUUACAAGGAAGCAGGAUCAUUUUAACCUAAACCGGAUAAAACUUGUCAUGUCAACCUGUAGUGGCAAAUUCUGAAUACCACUAUGAGUACACAGCCUGUGACAGCCUUGGCUCUCGGUGGAGGGUGGCUGUGCCACACACCCCAGGACUCUGCACGGGCCUGCCAGACCCCAUCAAAGGCACUGAAUGCUCCUUUUCUUGCAAAGCAGGUGAAUUCCUGGACAUGAAAGACCAGUCAUGCAAAUCCUGUGCAGAGGGCAGAUACUCCCUGGGCACUGGCGUUCGCUUUGAUGAAUGGGAUGAGCUACCCCAUGGCUUUGCAAAUGUGGCAACCACCCUUGAGGUUGACGAUAGCGUCUCAGAAUCAGCAGAGAACUGCACCACGUCAACGUGGGUGCCUCUGGGAGACUACAUUGCCUCCAACACAGAUGAGUGCACAGCCACCCUGAUGUACGCUGUCAACUUGAAGCAGUCUGGCAUGGUCUCCUUUGAGUACAUCUACCCAGACAGCAGCAUCGUCUUCGAGUUCUUUGUUCAGAAUGACCAGUGCCAGCCAACCGUGGAGGAGUCGAGGUGGAUGAAAACCACUGAGAAGGGAUGGGAGUUCCACAGUGUGGAACUGACUCAUGGCAACAAUGUCCUGUACUGGAGAACCACAGCCUUCUCAGUGUGGUCCAAGAUCCCCAAGCCUGUGCUUGUAAGGAAUAUUGGCAUCACAGGAGUGGCCUACACCUCUGAAUGCUUCCCCUGCAAGCCAGGCACCUAUGCAUCGAAACCGGGAUCGUCCUUCUGCAAGCUUUGCCCACCAAACUCUUACUCUGGCAAGGGAGCCACCUCAUGCCAGCAGUGUGAGCCUAAAACUUACUCAGAACAAGGCUCAGCAACUUGCAAGCCUCGUCCUCCCUGCACCGAUAAGGAUUAUUUCUACACGCACACGGCCUGCGACAGUAAUGGGGAGACUCAGUUAAUGUUUAAGUGGGCAGAGCCGAAAAUCUGCAGUGAAGAUCUGCCUGAUGCGGUGAACCUGCCCUCCUCUGGUGUGAAAACCAAGUGCCCACCGUGCAACCCGGGCUUCUUCAAAACCAACUCCAGCACCUGCGAAUCCUGUCCCUACGGGGCAUACUCAAAUGGGUCCGGCUGCAUUAGCUGCCCUGCUGGAACUGAGCCUGCGCUGGGGUUGGAAUAUAAAUGGUGGAACACGCUGCCAGCUAAUAUGGAGACAACUGUGCUCAGCGGCAUCAACUUUGAGUAUAAAGGGAUGGCAGGGUGGGAGGUGGCCAGCGACUAUAUCUACACAGCAGCAGGAGCCUCUGAUAACGACUUCAUGAUCCUGACGCUGAUCAUUCCAGGAUUCAGCCCCCCGCAGUCAGUGAUGGAGGAUGCUGAAAACAAAGAGGUGGCAAGAAUUACCUUUGUCUUUGAGACUGUCUGCACUGUAAGCUGCGAGCUGUACUUCAUGGUGGGUGUGAAUUCGAAGACCAACACACCAGUAGAGACCUGGACCGGCUCCAAGGGGAAACAAUCCUACACGUACAUCGUUGAAAAGAACGCCACGAUGAGCUUCACUUGGGCCUUCCAACGGACACCGUAUCAUGAGGCAGGGAGGAAGUACACAAAUGACAUCGCCAAGCUGUACUCAAUCAACGUGACUAACGUUAUGGAUGGUGUGGCCUCCUACUGCCGGCGUUGUGCCCUGGAGUCAUCAGGAUCUUCCUGCACCUCCUGCCCACCUGGGAACUACAUCGACCGAACGUCUGGUGCCUGCCACCCCUGUGCACCAAACACUUACCUGAAAGCUCACCAGCCCUACGGCCAUCAGGCCUGCAUCCCCUGUGGCCCAGGCACAGUUAGCAAUAAGAUACACUCCAUGUGCUAUAAUGACUGUCACUUCUCAUUGGCCAAGGAUGGUAGGACUCUGGAGUAUGACUUCUCAACCCUAGCCAACAGCACAUCCUUCACUAGUGGGCCAAGCUUCACUUCUAAGGGACUGAAAUAUUUCCAUCACUUCAACAUCAGCCUUUGCGGGAACCACGGAAGGAAGAUGGCUUCCUGCACAGACAACGUCACCGACAUCCGGGUCCCAGACGGGGAGGUAGAGUUUUCUAAAUCUGUCACCUCCUACGCCUGCCAGUCCGUCGUUGUGCCCUCUGACGUCAUGGGCUAUAAAACAGUGGUGUCCUCCCAGCCUGUGAGCCUGGCUGACCGCUUUGUUGGAGUGACAACUGAGACGACCCUGGACCACAUCACCUCCCCUCCUGACUACUUCCCUACUGAGAAUGCUGGGGUGCCUGAAGUGAUAUUCUUCUACAGAUCCAAUGAUGUGACUCAGUCAUGCAAUUCUGGAAGGGCCACUGCCAUCCGCAUGCGCUGCAACCCUCUGAAGACCGGCUCAGGAACACUCUCCAUGCCAAGGAAGUGCCCUGAUGGAACCUGUGAUGGAUGUACCUUCCAUUUUCUGUGGGAGACUGCUGAAGCCUGCCCACUCUGCUCAGCCUACGAUUACCGUGCCAUCGUUAGUGCCUGUGUUGGUGGGAUUCAGAGAACCACGUAUGUGUGGCGGGAGCCAAAGCUUUGCACAGGAGGCAGUCUUCUCCCAGAACAGACAGUCAGCAUCUGCAAAACCAUGGAUUUCUGGCUCAAAGUUGGCAUCUCAGCCGGGACCUGUGCUGCUGUGCUGCUGACUGUCAUGACCUGUUACUUCUGGAAGAAAAACCAAAAGUUGGAGUAUAAAUACUCCAAGCUUGUGAUGAAUGCUACCACAAAGGACAGCGAGCUGCCAGCUCCUGACAGUUGUGCCAUUAUGGAGGGAGAAGAUGCAGAAGAUGAUCUAAUAUUCACAAGCAAGAAGUCUCUCUUUGGCAAGAUAAAGUCCUUCACUACCAAGGUUAUGCAGAGCUACAGUCGGGCUUUGCAAGACUUUGGCUAUAGGGCUGCUCUCAAUAAAAUAAGAAGAGGUGGGAGCUUUCAGAGGACAUCAGAUGGGUUUGAUUCCGUUCCGCUCAAGACUUCGUCAGGCAGCACAGACAUGGACCUCUAAGGUGGAGCACACCCAGCUGGCCUCCUGGUUCUGCACAAUGCCUUGGCUGUGAGAUAACACAAUGCUUCUCCUUGGUGGAUCCCUACGCUCUGAUAAACUCAUCAUGUGGCCUUAUUGGAUACACUUUUAACUUGAGCUCCUUAUUGCUUUCUUUUAAAAAAACAAACAAACCAGACUCGGAACAUACCCUCCAAAAAAAAAAAAAGAAGAAGCCAAAUACAGGUGUGUUUUUAAAAUACAUAUUUGCAUGUUUCCUGUGUUCCCAGUUCCUGGCAGCUGACUACAAAUCUCUGUGCUGCUGCAUGGUUUGUUUCUUGUCAAAUUAUUCUGUCCACAUGCACUCACAAUAUUUCGCACUUACCCUUCUCUGAGGUAUCAGGCCAUCCCGUAGCAUCCACUCCCAUAUCUGGGGAUUACUGGGCAUCCCUUCUGGCUGCCUCUGCACCUGAUGAAUUAAUACAGAGGCUUGACUUUUGCAAGAUCCUUCCAGCAGCUAUGCCAGUGUGCUAGAGGCAUGUUCUGCUUAAUUGGCCGAGUCCAUGCACAAAAGGACCUGAUCUCUUGGGACCUUUGGCAGGGAAAUUAGGGUUUGUGAAGAGUUUUCUUUCUUCUUUCCUAAUGCCGGAGCUCAUCCCACUCUUUUCAUCAUGGCUUUUGGUAGAAAUGGAUUGGUGCUGCAAGGCUCGAGCUCCCCCACAGAUUGGGCAGUGUUUGGAUGAAGGGCUCUGGUUCAGCCCAGUGUCAUGUGCAGU